AUGGUUGAUCAAAGAACUAUGGAGAAAUAUGAAAGGGAAGCAAAGGAACAAAAUAGAGAAUCCUGGUAUUUAUUGUCAUGGGCUCUUGAUACAAACAAAGAAGAAUGUGCAAAGCUAUUUAAAUGUUCUUCAUCAUUAUGUACAAUUCUUGACACGCCAGAUCAUAAAAACUUUGUCUCAAGUAUGAUUGGUGGUGCAUCUCAAGCAGUAUUAGCUACAACAUCAGGUGUAAAUAGAUUAAUUAUCGCUAUUAGUAAAAUGGAUGAAGCAACUGUUAAUUGGUCGAAAGAAAGUGGUCCAUCGUUAUUAGAAUAUGCAAACAUUAGGCAGAAAAAUCAAUACAACAUUAGCGAUUCCUAUCAUGGAAAAUACAAGACUUAUUAUGAGGGAUUCAUGGAAGAUAGCAAAGAACUUGUAAUAAUGAGAAAAGGUAGUUUACAUUUCACUAUUGACAAGGUUCGCUGUCUAGAUUUAUGGGAGAUCACUUGUAAAGAAAUUAGGAACUCUUUUAAGUUAAAAUUUCCAAAAAAAUUUCAAUUAUCAUGUUGA